UCCCCCUUUCUUUUGAAAGUUUUAGAAGUCUAAGCACAUGGGAGAUUUAAUCUUCAUGUCAAUCAACUCUUUUUCUCUCUUUCCCUCCUCCUCCCCCCCUAACUCUCCAUCCUCUUCUACUUCCUUAUUUAAAUCUUUGCAAACUCCACCCAGCCGGGGAGGCUGAAACUUUAUAAGUCUAGCAAGUUUGUGAAAGUAGAAUCAGAGGGAUUUUUAUUAAACAAGAAGGGCAAAACAUAUUUAAAGAAAAUCAAGAAAGGACUAAAAAGUACAUCUCCAAGAAGAAAUUCCUCUGCAAACAGGAGACUGGAGCCCUCAAUUACAAGACACUGUGACUGUAUUUUUUUAUUAAGUUAUUGCAAACUAUUGAUCAACAGUUUACUAAGCUCUGAAGAUGUCUACAGCAUUGAUGUCCCCUACAAUUUUUGACCUAAGUGAAGUUUUAUGCAAGAGCAACAAAAUGCUGAACUACAACAAUAAUUUAAUAAGCCCAACAACUACAAAUGUUCCUCUGAUGGACAGAAAAGCAGUUGGGACACCAGCAAUAAUGGGCUUUUCACGAAGGCAUUCUGUUACAAUACCCAAUUCCAAGUUCAAUCAAAACCAGUUUAUUAAUAGCCUUAAGAUGGAGCCCUCUACAGCUGUGGGUAAUAAGGAGAACAAAUUCAGAGAUCGCUCAUUUUCUGAGAAUGGGGAGAGGCUGCUCCAGAAGCCUGGGGGACAGGUGAACUCCAGUCGCUACAAGACAGAGUUAUGCCGUCCAUUUGAAGAGAAUGGCGCCUGCAAGUAUGGAGACAAGUGUCAGUUUGCCCAUGGAAUCCAUGAGCUGAGAAGCUUGACCAGACACCCCAAGUACAAGACAGAGCUGUGUCGCACUUUUCACACCAUUGGGUUUUGUCCUUAUGGACCAAGAUGUCACUUCAUACAUAAUGCAGAAGAACGGCGCUUGGUGUCUGGAAGAGACCAAGCACAGUUCUCCCUUUCUGGCUCAAAGAUGGAAAGACCAAGGCUCCAACACAGCUUCAGUUUUGCUGGCUUCCCUACAACCAAUGGGCUGCUGGACAGCCCUACUUCCAUCACCCCUCCACCCAUUCUUAGCACUGAAGACCUGAUGAAUUCUCCAACCUUGCCAGACUGUGCCAGCAACCCUUUCACAUUCUCCAGCCAGGAGCUUGCAAGCUUGUUUGCCCCAAGCAUGGGAAUGCAGAUGCCUUUAAGCAAUUCCAAUGCUCCUGGGUCCCCUACUUCUUAUCUUUUUCGACCUAUGUCUGAGUCUCCACAGAUUUUUGAUUCUCCUCCAAGCCCUCAAGAUUCCCUCUCGGAUCAAGAAGGCUACCUGAGCAGCUCCAGCAGUGGCUCAGACUCUCCAACUCUUGACACCACUAAACGUCUUCCCAUUUUUAGCAGACUGUCUGUUUCUGAUGAUUAAGCCAGGAGCCUAUUGUGCUCUCCCCCACCUUCAACAACAAUGUUAUGCUGAACUGAUCUCAAGUAAAGGGGAUAGAAGUUGCCACCAUAAUCUGUCCACUUGCCUACAAUUGUUUAUUUGGUUCAGUCCUUGAUAGUGCCAAAAAACACAGCAGCAGUACAGUUUACAACAAUGAAUAGUGCCUUUUUUUCCCUUUGCACUGUGACUGAUCUACCAUCUUUAUCUAGAGGGCAGUGCUGGUUACCAGCUAUUUCUGAGCAAUUAACAAUAUCAAUAGUAUCUCCCUCUAGUGGUUCCUGAAAUCUCAACAUUCUUACAAAAAUCAUUCCAAUCUAUUUCUUUUUACCAUGUGGUAGUAAAAAUGCUGGUCAGUUGGAAUUUGGACAUUGUCGUUGUCUAUUUCCAAACUCCUAUGCCAUUUAGAGUGCUCACCUGGACUGCAGAACGUACAACAGUUAUUAACGUUGUCUUACUGGAAAAAAAAAGAAUGUAGAGGGGCACUGGAGAGCCAGCCAGCAGGACUUUCAAAAAGACUUUUAGAUUUUGGUGCUACUUAGGCCCUUCGAAAUGAGAUCGUUGUGUACAGAUGGUGGGUUUAAUGUAUUCAUUCCAAGAGGAAAAAACCCUUUAAAUGUAAACAUUAGAUUUGACAUACGGUAGCUUUAAUGGUUAUGUCCUAGAGUACUUUUUUUUUUUUUUUUCCCAUUAGAGCACUCACACCUACUCUUUAUUUUUCUUCUGGGUUUUUAAUUUUAUAUAACGUUCAAAGAAAAAAUUGGAGAGCAAAAUUUGCCUGUCACUGCACAACAAUAUAAAAAAAGCUUAUUUAACUUAUCAAAAACGUAUUUAUUGCCGUACAAUAUGCUUUUUUUUUUUUGUGUCAUAUUUAUCUGGAUGAGAAAUCCAUAGAAUAUAUUCUUUUAUGUUUAAAUUAUGAUCUUCCAUAUUAAUCUUAAGAUUGUGAAGCCUUUUUUUUUCUUCCUUUCCACAGUUUAAUAUAUUAUAUUACAAUGACAUAUUUUUUUCAUUUUGUAACUUUACACCUUUUUUGGUUUAUUUUAAAGAAAAAAAUGAAAAAAAAAAUGAAAAUUAAUUUAAAAAAAUGCAAAAAUUUUGUUGCAUUAUUUAUUUUAGAACUAUUUCCCAUUUUUUUGAUAGACUGCAAAUUGAGUUUAAUCUGGUAACUGCCUUGUGUAUGUAAAUAUAUAUAAAUAUAUAUUUCUUGUUAGCGCCCCUCCCCCCUUUAUAUUUUUUUUUCUCUUUCCUCCCUAGCUGGGCUAUAGCAGAUAGGCACAAUGUACUGUAAAACAGUACAGUUAAUAUUUGAUCUAUUUUUUUGUCUAGCUUUGGAGUUGCUAGUAUUGAAUCUUGAGUGCCUUUUUCAUAAGACAUUCCAUAAUAUGUACUGUCUUAUUUGGUUGAGUUUUUCUUGUUAAGUGAACUGAAACUGGCACUAAACUAAAUGAAUGUAAUUUUUUAUUUUAUUUUUGUCCUUUUUUACCUUUUUUCCUGUUACUAUUCACUGUUUUGUGUGUGAAUUUAUUAAAAAGGAGAAAAAGCUUUUUGUAACGACUGUUUGCAGUUUAAAUCAAUAAACCCCAAGUGUUUUUUCAAAGAAA